GUCGACAUUAACCACUCCAACCAAUAUUCAUCCCCGAGCUAGGAAUUUUCGACCUUUCUCUUCACCAUCCAUCCCAUCUUAUCGCGACAAGCCAAAAAAACACCCACAAUGGUCCACCCCGUCACCGAGCUCAUCUACUUCCAGCUCAAAUCCACCGUGAAGCCCGAAGACCUCGCCAACGAGGAGGGGCAGGCCCUUCUGGACCUAUUCAACAACACCAAGCAGCAAAGCGGAUACCAGAGCUCAGCGUGGGGGCGAACGAAGGAGGAUGAGAAUAUUGUUGUUUGGGUGAUUGACUGGGCCGACGCACACGAUGGCAUCCAACAAACCCUGCUAACCCCCUACAUCGAACCCUCCACGCAAGCUACCAUAAUCUUCACAACUCUGACCCCGCCCCCUCCCAGCUCAACAACGCCCAAAACGCACCGCCUAACGACGAACCCCGUGACCGAGCUCUGCGCGCUCGCAUUCCCAAACACCAUGGCCCCGGAGGAACACGAGGCGCUCAGCUCUGACCUGAUAAAUUUCCGCCGCGCCCUGACCGAGUCCCUGCCUGAGGGGUCGCGGCCCACGGCGUGGGCGAUGGGCUACGUGGAGCGUCCGGGGACGAUGGCGCAUGAGAAGAGCGGCGACGGGCAGGCGUUUGUGCAUUUGUUGGCGGUGGGGUGGGAGAGUAAGGAGAAGCAUAUGGAAAUCAAAGGGACGGAGGAGUUUACGGGGUCGAUUCAGCCGAUUCGUGAGAAGAUGCUGUCUCCUGUUCCUGGGCUGGGGAUGAAGCAUGUUAGUUUUGUGGGGGUUUGAGGGGGUUCUGUUCUGGGAGAAUGUAUGUAAAGAAUAGAUGGUCUGGAGAAGUUGAGUCAAGUUUCAAAUAAGCAUGACUAGCUUCCUUGGUAUGAAUGUCCCAAUUUGCGCUUAUGAAGAACACAGGAGAUGGCAGAACAAAUUGGGCC